AUGAGCACCCCUGUGGUGCUGCAGAGGUCGAAAGAGGGAGUGCCGCAAUGGGAUGGUGAUGCGGCCUCCUUCCAAGAGUAUGAGGAGCAAAGCCUGCAGUGGGAGCAAAGUGUGGCAUAUCACAAGAGGUAUCUAUGUGGACCCAAGCUGAUAGCUGAACUGAGUGGUGCAGCACGGAAGCAUGUGAUGGGAAAACGCCCUGACUGGGUGUCUUACAGUGGUGGAGUAGCUCACUUACUCCAACAUCUCCGGUCGUGCCUUGGGAGGCCCACCAUACCAGAGAUGACGGAGUACCUCAACAAGUAUUUCCGUCAGAGCCGAAGGCGGCGCAUGGAGACCAUGAAUGCCUACAUCACCCGGAAGAUGGAGACAUACCACAGGGCACGACAAGCCUUGUCCCGCGUCCAGCACUACUACCAGUCCCACCGGGCUGGAGCUCAGCCACCGCAGUGGUCUCAGUGGGAGUGGCGCAACUAUGACUGGAGGGAAUGGAGCAGCAACCAGUCUCAACCAGAGCCUGACCAACCAGCCAGCACCACCAGCCAACGUGGAGCCGAAGAAGAGACCGAAGAGCAGUGGUACGAUGCUGAGGGAUCCAGCCACGACCAUGGGUAUGGCAGGAACUACCAGGCCUCAAGUGUCUACAACCAGCAAGAGGAUGAGAAUUGGAAGCUCCACACGGAUGAGUUGCUUCCAGAGUUUCUCCAAGGAUGGUACCUUCUCUCUGAUGCUGGACUUGAAGCCGCCGAACGCAACUUGGUGCAGACCGCCAUCCAGGAGGACUUCUCAGUCCACCGAGUGUCUCAGGAGCUUCGCCGUCAGUGGCCUGAUGAUGAACUGCGACGGAGGGAUCAGACGGCCAAGCAGUCUGGUUUCUGGCAGGACAACCUGCCGGACUGGGAAGACAGUGACACCUAUGAGAAUGAGGGCUUCGUGAUGGAUGGACUCAAUGAGGAAGGCCAGAUUCUCUACGGUGAGGCAGCUCAUGAGAUUCAAGAGGCCCAGGCUGUGAUCCAACAGGCCAAGCGCACUUUGCGUGAGGCCCGCUCUCGCCAACACCAGGUGAGACUCUCAAGACAGUACUACAAGACAAGCUUCUCCAACCGAGGAGCUGCUUCCUUCAAGCCCGACUACAAGUCAAACAAUGGUGGAGGACUGAAGUGCCUUCGCUGUGGCCAAGCUCACCGUACUGGAGAUUGUCCAGACAAGAACGCUCCUGUGAACAAAACAACAGCAAACCAGGGGCAUGUGGCUGAGGAAGCACCGUUUGUAUGCUUCUCCGAUGCGAACACUCUGGAUGAUGCCGCACUUGUGGCAACGAUGGGUGCAAAAUCAACACAAGAGGCCGUCAAAGCCGGUUACGCGGUGAUUGAUGGGGGUGCUACACGCACUCUGGGCUCCAUCGAGGCCAUCCAGACGGUGAUGGACAUCAAUGAGGAAAAGCAUGGCAACAGCCGUUUAGCCAGCGUUGACACCACCAACAAACCGGUGUUCUGUUUUGGCAAUAGCUCCCAGGAUGCCUGUGUGUCAACGGCCAAUCUGGAAGUAGCAGCUGGCGAACGCCCAGGAGUUCUUCAGAUCCACGCCUUGGACAAAGGCCAGGGCCCGAUCCUGAUCUCAGUGCAAACAUUGAGAAAGUUGAAGGCCGUGAUCGACUUCGAUGCCGACCUGAUGGUGCUGCGUGCAUUGGACCCCAACAAGGUGAUCCCACUGGAGCGCUCGACAUCGGGGCACCAACUGCUGCCACUUACUGAGGAUUUGUACAAAGAUGCCAUCACCUGCAACCGCCAGGUGCCUAGCCUUACCCAAGAACUACCAGUUCCCAACUUCCUGGCCAUGGUCUCGAAGAUGCGACGCGAGGAUUUGGCCAAGGCCAUCCAGGAGUACGGCGAGACACCUCCCAAGUCCUGGACGGUACCCGAGCUCAGAACUCGUCUUGCCCAACUGCACGACGAACAUGGUGUGGUCCCCGGCAAGCCAGCCCAGACCGACUUGCGGAAGUGGGUCAUCAAACUCAAUGUGGCCAGCAAGAAAAAGACCACUCUCCAGGAGUUUUGCCAGAGCCUGAAGAUUCCCUUGACCAUGACCGAGACCAUUGCCCAGCUGCAAAAGAUUGCCAUGACACGCAUCUACGAGAUCAGUCACCCGGAUCCAACAGAUCCAGUGGGAUUCGGCAAGGCCGCGUCUCUUUCGUACGAGGAGGUGAAGAUGGAUGUGAACUACUGUGCCUGGGUUCUGAAGACCUGGGAGGAGGGUGGCACCUGCCCCCAAUUGGCCCGACUGGCCAAAUGGCUCCAGUCGGAACAGAACGAGACAACUCCAGAACAAAUCGAUGUCAAGAUGAACACCAAGGAGCCCAACUUGAGCCUCCAGACCCAGAACGUGAUCACCAUGAAGGAGAUGGAUGCCCAGAGUACGAACAGCCGCGGCAGCAGUCAAGCACUCAUGGAUGCCAUGGCAGUGAUCAUGGACACAAUGAAGGAACUGAAGGGGGAGAUUGCCGACCUUCAAGAACAACGGCCCCGCAAGAAAGUGGAGAGUUCCGAAGGGAGCUUCAGCGUGGUGAGGGCAUUCAAAAGCAAUGAAGUAGAAGACUACUGCAACAAACAUGGAAUCUUCCUGGAUUUCAUCCCAGGAGAAGCACACUGGAAGUUAGGAAUCUGUGAGCAAGCAAUACAGGGAACCAAAGAACUCCUCACUAAACUGGCGCAAGAGGACCCCAAAAUUACUCCGGAGGAGGCCCUUGCUACAGUGGUGAGAACCUUCAAUACAAGGGAGUUGGUUCGUGGGUUUUCACCCAUACAACAUGCGCUGGGUCGCGCUCCUGAUGAACAAGGGAGGUGCAUCCAGACCUUGACAGGUCAAGCAGUAGAUCAGUUGCUGCCCAAUGCAGGACCGGAGUUUGAAGAGAACAUCCACCGGAUGAAAGUGGCCGAGCAAGCUCAUGCAGAAUGGAUCGCACAACAAAGAAUUGUGCGGGCACUCAACUCACGGGGCAACCCGAAGUUUGACUAUCACCCAGGCCGCAGAUUGGUAAAGUGCUGUCCAGAACAACUACGCCAUGCCACACAAAGAGAACAUUUGCUCGAGCACCUGUCGGAGGAGGACCACAAGCGAGCACCCUGGACGUUUCAACGUCUUACAGAAGGGUUAGGUGGCAAUGAGUAUGAUGACAUCACUCAUGAGGCACCAGAAGCGGCAGAGCAACAAAAGGCAAAUGAGAUGGAAGUGGACAAUCAGGCUCCACUACCACCACUGGAUCCAACAACUCCAAGGAUGCGCAUUCAUGGAAAAAGGCAAGACCCAGCAACACCGAGUCCAGGUGCAUCCUCAUCAUCCAGACCUCGCCUUGAUCAGCAGAAUUUUAUGGAGAGUUUUUACCCUCAGGACUGCUGGUAUUCCAAGGUAUCUGAACAGAGCAAACAAGAAGCUGAUGGAGAACAGUUUUGGUCGGAUGAAAAGACAGCUGUAGAAAUAGAAUUUUCCAUGCCUGAAAGCAAUCGGGAGUGGACAAAGUUCACAACUGAUCUCGCUGGUUACUUUGUAGGAGCUUUGAAACGUCGUGCUGUUGAGGUAAAUGAACGAAAAUUGAAUGAAGCUGAUUUUAAAGCUUUUCAGGAGGCAAAGACCACUGAAGUUAAAAAUUUUCUGAGUGCCCGAGCGUUCGAGGCAUUACCAACCAACAUGCGACCACCGGCCGAAAAGGCCAUCAACAUGCGGUGGUUGCUCACAUGGAAGUUGCAAGAGGAUGGAUCCCAGAAGCCAAAGGCUCGUGCAAUUUUGCUGGGAUACCAAGAUCCUGAAUAUGAGAGUAGAGAAACAACCUCACCAGUCAUGACACGACAGUCCAGGCAGCUGCUAUUUUCAGCCGCUGCUCGAUUCAAGUGGCGUGUCCGAAAAGGAGACGUCACUGGAGCCUUUUUGCAGGGUAGAGAAUACCCCAAAGAGCUAUACUGUGUGCCUUGCGAUGAAAUUUGCCAGGCCAUGGGGCUUGAAAAGGGAAGUAUCACCAGGGUGCGCCGUGGCUGCUACGGUCUAGUCGAUGCGCCACUGGAAUGGUACCGGAGUGUGAGUGAGUUUUUAGAUUCACUGGGACUGAUCAAGAGUUGGUCAGACCCUUGCACAUGGCUGUGGAAACCACAAGGGAUUCUCAAGGGGAUGAUUUCUGGUCAUGUUGAUGAUGUUCUGUUUGCGGGCCCCAAAGAUGAACCCCAAUGGGAAACCCUGAUAGCAAAAAUACAAGAAAAAUUCCGCUGGACUGAGUGGGAGGAAAAGUCUUUCACACAGUGCGGAGUCAGAGUUGAAGAACAAAUGGAUGGUUCUUUUCACUUGAGUCAAACUCAGUAUGUGGAAAAGAUCCCUGAAGUCUAUGUCAGCGCGGGCCGCAAGAAAGAGCCCAAAGCAGAAACGACGGAGAAAGAGAAGAGUGCCUUGCGCGCGACUUUGGGCGCACUGAGUUGGCAUGCACAACAGGUGGCACCCCACAUUUCUGCGGAGGUUGGACUGUACUUGAGUGAAGUAAGUAAAAGCACUGUGGAAACCAUCAACAAAGUCAACCAAUUGGUCCAUUUCACCAAGGCUCAGCUCGGUAAUUCGUUGACCAAAGGUAGGACAAAAGAACAGGAAAUGUGUUACCAAAUGGCGCAUCGUUGGCGUUUGGUGAGCGAUGAUAACAUGAUGUCUGCAAGGCGACGACGACAAUGUGGACUACAAGCGUUGCAGCAGCAGCCACAACAAGCCAGAACGGGACCUGAAGCUCAAGAGGCUACCUGA